CGAGCGGGUGGUUGUCGCUGCUGCUCGUCCUCGUCUUCCCGCGUCACCGCUGCCGCCAUGCCCGGAGGUCUCCUUCUCGGGGACGAGGCUCCCAACUUCGAGGCCAAUACUACCAUCGGCCGCAUCCGUUUCCACGACUAUCUGGGAGACUCAUGGGGCAUUCUCUUCUCCCACCCCCGGGAUUUUACCCCCGUGUGUACCACGGAGCUUGGCAGAGCUGCAAAGCUGGCACCAGAAUUUGCCAAGAAGAACGUUAAGAUGAUUGCCCUUUCAGUAGACAGCGUUGAAGACCAUCUUGCCUGGAGCAAGGAUAUCAAUGCUUACAAUGGUCAGGAGCCCACAGAAACAUUACCUUUCCCCAUCAUUGAUGAUAAGAAUCGGGACCUUGCCAUCCUGUUAGGCAUGCUGGAUCCGGCGGAGAAGGACGAAAAGGGCAUGCCUGUGACAGCACGCGUGGUAUUUAUUUUUGGUCCUGACAAGAAACUGAAGUUGUCCAUCCUCUACCCAGCGACAACCGGCAGGAACUUUGAUGAGAUUCUCAGAGUAAUUACCUCUCUCCAGCUAACGGCAGAAAAGAGGGUUGCCACCCCGGUUGAUUGGAAGGACGGAGACAGUGUAAUGGUUCUUCCAACCAUUCCCGAAGAUGAAGCCAAAAAAAUCUUCCCUAAAGGAGUCUUCACCAAAGAGCUCCCCUCGGGCAAGAAGUACCUCCGCUACACACCCCAGCCGUAGUCUCCAGCCGAUGGCUUCGCUCAGUGAGCCAGACUUAACACGGCUGCCAAUCGUGUUCUCCUGCAACUCUUCAUAAAAACAUCCUGGUGUGA